CUCCGUGCCGACUCCUGUUGUGGUCUAGGCUAACCGCCAAUAUUGUAAGAAACAGAAGAAGCUAACCAUCCAUUUUCUAUGCCGCUUCUCCUCAUUAGGGUCGCGGGGGGCAUGCUGGAGCCUAUUCCAGCUGACUUCCUGCGACAGGUGGGGUACACCUUGGACUGGUGGCCAGCCAAUGGCAGGGCGCAUAUAGACAAGCAACCAUUCACACUCACAUUCAUACCUAUGGACUAAGUAGAGCAAGGGUCACCAACGUGGUGCCCGCAGGCACCAGGUAGACCCCACGACCACAUGAGGUGCCCGCAAGCCUGCUUUUCAUUCAGGUUUUUUAGUUAAUAAUGAAAGAACAGUAGAAAGAAAUGCAUUCUGAAAUUCAAAAUGUGAGUUGUGGACACCAGCAUUUUGUUCAUGUUCUGGUAAAACAAGCAUAUUCGCUUUGUUUGGGUUUAAAAUAAGCUCUGAAAAUAAAUGUAGCUCUUGGCCAUUUUCAUUUUGUAAAAGUAGCUCUCACAAGGAAAAACAUUGGUGACCCCUGAGAGUCACCAAUGAAGCUAACAUGCAUGUUUUUGGAACGUGGGAGGACACUGGAGUACCUGGAGAAAACCUCCACACACACGGGGAGAACAUGCAAACUCCACACAGAAAUGCCCAAGGGAGAAUUGAACCCAAGUCUUCCCAUCUCCAGACUGUUCCUGUGUGGCCAACAUGCUAAAGAAGAAGCUAACCGUGUGAGGAAAAUACGACAACAGGAGCAAUAUGUUUUAACAAGGAUACAAAAACGCCACGGUACAGGCGUGAAUAGUGUGAGUCACCUGCAACCAAGUAAAUGUCUGCUCAUACUACCACUGUAUACUGUAUGAACACUACUAUACUUGGUAUGGCAUACUUGGUACUCUAAUGAGUUGUACUGCAUGAAAUAAGCAAUCAUUUGAGUUGAAGUAAGUUAAAAAUUGGCGAGCGUAUAUUCCAAAUUUUGAACUUUCAGUGCCAAUGAAUAUCAGCUCCAAAUAAUGGUUAACAGCCUCCUUGACGACUAAAAAUCGGUAUCGGCCCUGAAAAAAUCAAAUGGGUCCAUCUCCCCCUUUCUUCGAUGCAGUGUUGUCAUCUUAGAGUUGAUUAGAAAGUAAGAAGGCACUGGAAGGCGUUCAUGCAUUUCACGAGGGCGGCAGUGGCUCAGCAGGUAGAGCAGGUCGUCAACGGUUCCAUUCUCGUCCCCUCCACCCACUCACUGGGCAAGGGCAAGACGCUUCACCCACCUUGCCCACGCUGGUGUAUGAAUGUCAGGUGGUGUUUGGAGAUUCAUAUUUGAUGUUGCACGGGUGCAAUGAUUGGCUUCACUCUCUUCCAUUGGCUGCACUCAUGGCAGGUACUGUUGUGUGAUUGGCUGAGGGGCGUGUCCUCAGCUGGCGUGCCCAGCGAAAUGAAGAUGUGUGAGAGAUUAAGCGGCCAAGCCUUGAUGGUCUUUCUUGCGUUUGCUUUACCGUAAACCUUCCAGAAUGUGACGGUGACGCUGCUGCCUGAGCGGGUCCAAGAAGGCAUGGAGGAGUUGAUGCUGCGCUACAGCAUGCUGCGAGGCGUGGUGGAGGAGCAGCUCUGGUUCUUCAACGGACGCCCCCUACCGGACAGCCCCCGGUACACAGUGCUCCCCAGUGGGCUCGCCGUCCGCGGGCCAGGCCGGAACGACACGGGACGGUACACCGUGGCUCUGAGCAACCCUUUCAGCAGCAAGACAGCUCACGUCAACGUCACCGUGUUGUACGGUCCAGAUGAGCCCAUCAUCCAAGUCAGUCCAGCUCGGGACUUUUACGUAUCAGGAGAUUCGCUCACCCUGUCCUGCCAGGCGGACGGGUCCCCAAGGCCGACUGUGGAGUGGAUGUUUGGUGAUCAGGCGUUGUCUCUUGGACAGACGGGGGUCCUCAAUCUGAGCCACGUCCAGACCACCCAAGGAGGGGAUUACACGUGCAUGCUACUCAACCACAUGACUGCAGCACAGAGGCACAAAAGCAUCAGCGUGCACAUUUACGAGAGGCCUCCGGGACACCCCACGUGUUCCGUGCUCGCCGAGGAUAACGUCCACUUGCGGUACGAGUGCCGGUGGCCGGGGGGGACGCCCCCCGCCCGACUUUCCUUCCCGGACUUGAUAAAUGCCAGCAGCGGCCUGGAAAACUUCACCCUGACCGUUAAGGCUUCACACCACCUGGAUGGGAAAAGUGUCACCUGUGAGGGCAUUCAUCCCGUGGGAGGCGACAAAUGUAACAUCAGUGCAAAAAGUCCCGUGGACUUCUUCCCGGCUGUGAGAACCCAAGUGGAUUCUGAGGGCAAAAUAGUGGUCAGCAUCUCCUGCGUCAGCGAGGCCACGCCCCCCACCGUGGUAUCCUGGUUCCGAGGGGGCGAGGCCGUCAUCGGUGACGGGGCAGAGAACGACAUCAGCGACGGCACCGCGCGCUUAAUCAUCCGUCAUCACAACGUCAGCGUGCUCCUCCUCCACAACUACACCUGCACCUGCACGAACGCUCUAGGACGCCGCAGCAGACACCUCCACCUGCAAGAGCCCUCCAUCUCCGCUUUCGGUUUGUUCCCACACCAGGAUGGAACCGUGGUCACCUUGACCUGGGAAGUCCCGCCCACCUCCAUCGUCACAGGUUUCGACAUCCAGAUGAGCGGGCCGGACCUGCCGAGCGUGGAUGGUAACCACAGGUCGGGCACAUACCGCACCAUCUUGCCCAAACCCAGCUCAGCCAGAAGCGCCGACAUAUCGGACCUGGAUCCUAAAGCCACGUACCGCUUCCGAGUCGUCCCCAGGGCUUUGAUGGCAGAAGGUCAGCCAACAGUGUCCCGGAGGAUUGGCCCAGGCGAAGGUCUGAGCGGCCCGGCCGUCGCUGGCAUCGCGGCUGGCAUUCCCUGCAGCAUCGUCUUCCUGCUUCUCGUGUGCAGCCUUAUCUACUUGCUGCUCUACUGGAGCAGGAUGAAAAGUCACCAGACAAGAUAUCCCGUGUCCAGAGCAGCCAACAAGGUACAGACCACUCACACGCAAACGCCCCACAACCUGCUGGUAGGGGGUCCCAAGUCCCCACCAGACUACGACAGAUUACAGCAGGCACCGUCCAGUCUUUCAGUGGCUCCGCCCUCAUUUGUGCCCCCGCCUCCGCCCGUCAGAGUCGCAACAACCUUCUUUUUCCACAAACCGAAUCUUCCACAAGUCCAAACAUUCCCAGGAAGGCUUCUCCAAAGUUUCCCAAUGUUACGAUCUCUUGACCCUCCAAGACCACGGAGACCUUCUUUCCGAAGUUCACUGGACGACCUCUUCCGCAACUGACUUUAGCUAUAGAAGAGCCACAGGCGUAGUAGACCGAUCAGGCACCUCCGCAUCCUCCUGUGACAAUCAACAUGGAUAUGUUAGGAAACUCAUGCAGGUAACUUCAAGAUGGACUGAAAACUUUUUCAGUUUCAGCUUUAAGUGCAUUGUGUGCUGUUCAGACUGGCACUUACACCGCAGCUGAUGAAAAACCCCGAUGUUUGUUCACGCAAGUAAGUGGGUAGAGCAUAGAGCACAGUUGUGUGUUGGGUGUAGACAUCAUGUUGGAUCUGGGAAAAAAAAGACGGAAAAGUGAGGAAAAACAGCGAAGGAAGAAAACAAAGAGCGCAAAAGAAGAACGAACAAAGUGAGAGAAAAGUGGCAAAACAAAUUUGCAAUUAAACAUUUACAGAUACGCAAACCACAAAUGGGUAAAAUAAAUAAUAAAUAAACAAAACAUUUUAAAAACACACAAAACAAAAUUACAAAACAUUUUUACGAAUUCACGAAAACAAUUCAAAUCAAGUUGCUGUUUGAAAAGGUAGGUCACAUUUAGCAGAAGUACAAUCUGCAAUAUUACUUGUAGGCAGGUGUGACUUUAAUGUGUGAAUAUUAGUUAUUGUGAAAUAAAAUUCUGUUAGUUUAUUUCAGACAAGAACUUUAUUACUCUAAUGUAACAUAUGCGCUCUAUUUAAUGAGAAAGGGCCUGCUUGAAAAUUUUAUUCCCAAAUUCUUUCUAUUGUAUUGUAUUUGUAUUUGUACUUUAUUUAUCCCACAGCGGGGAUAUUCACUUGUUACAGCAACAAGCAAGAUACGCAAGUAAAGAAUACAGUGUAAAGAAUACAAGUACAUAGUGACUACAACAUGGUUCAGGUGGUGCAGGUGUUGUAGAGCCUGACAGCGGUCGGUAUGAAGGACCUGCGGAACCUCUCCUUCUUACACCGUGGGUGUAACAGUCUGCUGCUGAAGGAGCUGCUAAGGGAACCCACAGUGUCAUUUAGCGGGUGAGAGGUGUUGUCCAUGACGGAUGUCAGCUUAGCCAACAUCCUUCUCUCCCCCACUUCCUCCACGGAGUCCAGAGGACCGUCCAGGACAGAGCUCGCUCUCCUAAACAACCUAUUGAUCCUGCUCCUGUCCCUGUCCGUGCUGCCCCCUCUCCAGCAGCCCACAGUAUAGAAGAUGGCUGAGGCUACCACAGAGUCAUAAAAGGUCCGUAAAAGAGUCCUGCACACACCAAAGGACCUCAGUCUCCUCAGCAGGUGGAGGCGACUCUGGCCCUUCUUGUAGAGGGCGUGGGUGUUGACGGACCAGUCCAGUUUGUUGUUAAGGUGAACACCCAGGAAUUUGUAGCUGUCUACCAACUCUAUGUCCGCUCCCUGGAUGUUCACCGGUGUGAAAUGGGAUGUUUUCCUCUGGAAGUUAAUGAUCAUCUCCUUUGUCUUGCUGGUGUUGAGUUGUAGCUGGUUAAGCUCACUCCAGCUGACAAAGUUCCUGAUGACCGUCCUGUAUUCCAGAUCAUUCCCCUCUGAAACACAACCAACGAUGGCUGUGUCGUCGGAGAACUUCUGGAUGUGACACUGUGUGGAGUUGUGUGUGAAGUCCGAGGUGUAGAGGAUGAAGAGGAAAGGGGAGAGCACCGUACCCUGAGGGGCACCUGUGUUGCAGAGUACCAUGUCAGACACACAGUGACGGAGCCUCGCAUACUGUGGUCUGUUGGUUAGGUAGUCUAUAACCCAUGCAGUCAGGUGUUGGUCUACUCCCACACUCUCCAUCUUCACUCUGAGUAGUGACGGCUGGAUGGUGUUAAAGGCACUGGAGAAGUCAAAAAACAUGACCCUCACAGCGCUACCGCUGUCCUCCAGGUGUAGCAGUGAUCUGUGCAGCAGGUAGAUCACUGCGUCGUCCACUCCGACCCCAGGCCGGUAAGCAAACUGCAGGGGGUCCAGCUGAGUGCCUACCAGGGGUCGCAGGUGCUGCAGGAUAAUCCUCUCCAUGGUCUUCAUCAGGUGAGAGGUCAAGGCAACAGGCCUGAAGUGGUUAGGCUCCUUGGGACGCGGUGUCUUUGGUAUCCAGACCACACAGGAGGUCUUCCACAGGGCCGGGACUUUCUCCAGCCUCAGGCUGAGAUUGAACAAGUGCCUGAGAACUCCACAGAGCUGGUCAGCACAGUCCUUGAGCUGAUGGGCUGAUGCCGUCCCGGGGCCUUCCUUGCCUUGAUCUUCUUCAGCUGACUCCUCACCUGAUCAUCAGUUAUGGAGAGGGGGGUAGAGAAUGGCUGGGAUGGGGA